AUGCCACCACGGUUAAGGGCCGCAAAACGGCUGGCCAAUUUACAUCAUCAUCUCCUCCAAUCCUCACAGAACACCUCGAUAUACAGCCUAACACAAUCGACAUGCACAUCGUCGUGCCGUGCCUUCAGCUCGACGCCCAAUCUACAGAUCUCCAAACGUCGACAAGCGAUGUUCGGCUGGCUAAACGGGCCCGGCAGGGUGUUCAAGGACCCCAUACCGUCGAGCACAAAUUACCUGACAGCCUACGAAAAGGAUGGUAAACCGAAGGCGCCUCUAGCCAGAACAGGACCUGAUGGACGGUUGGUGGAAGUCGAGCCAUCGGCGCGGCCAUUCCCGCAUAACCCGGUGUUUAUCAGCGAGAGCAUAUUGAGUGAAGAGUUACGGAAUGAGAUAUAUGAGCAGGUUAUCAAUAAAGGGAAGAGUGUGAAGACCGUGAGUGUUAUGUUUGGAGUUGAUAUGAGGCGUAUUGGGGCGGUGGUGAGACUGGUUGAGCUGGAGAAACGCAUGAAAGCCGAGAAAAAACCACUUGCCCUGCCCUACGGCCGAGCAGUACGCUCAAUGCUGCCCACCACCCCUCUGGCGCCCCGCGGAGAACCCCAAAUAGCCCACGAGCCCAUCAACGACCUACCAGUGCACAAGCUCACCGAACCGCAAAUCUUCUACCCGGUCUCUGAGUCGCGGCACUUCACCCGCGUCGACGCCGCCCGAGCCUUCUCCGCCGCACCCGCCCUGCCGGCCGCUGAGCGCGAUCAACCCGCCAACACACCCGAGUACAUCGCCAAAGUGACGCACGCCCCGCAUCGGAUCGAGAAGGUCGGCAAGGGCGCCAACGAGUACCAGGUGCUGCAGCCGGCGGAGGUGCGCAUCCCGCACCCUCACAUGGUAGCUGCCGAGCGGGACAAGAUCACGCUGUCGAACGAGAUGGGGGAGCGCAGCAGGCGGUACAUGGCGCGCAUCGAGGCGGACGAGCAGGCUGAGAAGGCGCGCAAGGAGAAGCGGAAGGCCAGGGAGGCAGCGAGCAUGACGCGGGUUGAGCCCACGGAGGGACGGUUCGAGUUCAGGUUCCGGGAUGUGGUGGUGAGUAGGGAGACGGUUGGGCUGGACGGACGCGGCGAGAAGGGCGUUGGCCGGCGGUAUGGAGUGCCUCUUGCAGACAGGAGGAGGGGAGAAGUCAAGAUCCCAACCCGCGUUGAGGUCUAA